AUGGUUUCUGGGAUAAAAGGCAAAGGCAAGUGGUCAGCACAAUGUUCCUCGACAGAUUUUCCCUUUGUUCAGGUGUCACUGAGCUCCCCAGUUCUUCUUUCAUAUGGAAAACACCUCCAAGCUGUAGGAGGACUCCAGUUUAAGAUUUGUUCUGGCAAGUGUCAAAAUUCUUUUGCUAGUUUUCAGAUCACUUAACAACCAUUUCCCCUAGCUAUCUGGCGGACAGACUGAGUUAUCAAUCGCAUUCUGGGGUCUUGCGGUCAGCAUCUAAGCAGCUGUUAGACCAACCUCAAUCAAUCACGAAAACUUAUGGGGACAAGGCUUUUUCAGUGUGUGCCCCUAAACUGUGGAAUUCACUACCAUUAGAUUUUUGUAAGUCACCAUCUUUAACUGGUUUUAAGAAAGACUUGAAAACAUAUCUUUUUAGGCAAUUUUUAGAGAGUAGGUCAUUGUAUUUGUAAACUUUAUGAUUUUAAGACAUGUAAUAUAAUGAUUGUAAAUAGAUUUCAUGCUUGUGAUAUAUAAAUUAUUUCAUUUUCCACUUUUUUACAUUGUAAAGCGCCAUGAGCUCAGGAUAUGACCACUAAAUAAAUAAGUUAUUUAAUUAUUAUUAUUUACACUGACAGAGUGAUCAAACAAAUAAUCCCAAAAAAGAAUUCAAUGAAACGUUUUGAAAAUGGCAAUCUCAUCAGGGAUUAGGUUGAAAGGAUUUAUAAGCACCAAAAUAUUGUGUAAUGCCCGAUAUGCCAUGCUGCGCAAGAACUUUUUUGCCUUAAAGGGUGAGGCAAAGUCAGGCCAGCAACACUAAGCUUUAAACUGUCUUGUCUCCCUUUUGAAGACUGCAUGUCAUACAAUCCAAACAUGCGAUCGCUCAUGGUUGUCACAUUAACUUAAAUUUAUGUGGGCAUAAAUUGGCCUUCAAAAGAAUAUCAUAAGAGUAAUCUUCAACAGUAUCCCUUAGUCCAGUCUUUCCCUGACAGUGCUCUUCAAGUUUUUGCCUUAACUGCCAUUAAUUUACACUUGAGUGAAACUGAGUGAUUAAAUUUUGCUAAGAACCUUAGAAUGCCUCACUAUCAGAUACUUCUAAAGUCUUAACCACAAGCUACAAAGUAGCAUGUUUUUGAGAAACAGAGGAAGACCAAGUGCCAACUUUUUAUCCCCACCUUUAAAUAUAGUGGUGUAUCUGGAAUUGUCAAAACCUUGUAAACAUCUUCUUUCUCUCCACCACAAAGUAAUGGAAAUUCAACUAAAGGCUUAUACAUGACUUUAAAUUAGACAUUACUUUUACUUUCAACAAAAUAUGAUGGCUCUCCACCAAACUAUGUGAGAGUGUUUAAGCAACUCGCUUGCUAAGUGACGAGGUUUCUAAGAAUCUACUUCUUACAUCUUGGUCUUUAUUUGUCUUUAUCUUUGUUAGGGGUUUCUUCGACGGGGACAGUUCUUCUAGCAAGAGGACUCCAAGACUCUGACAAAGCUUUGAUACUUUUCUUCCUUUUAAUUACUGACGGCAACACAAACUUCUUCAGCUCAGCUUCUUGCAACAGCUAAUCACUCCCUACUAACCAUCCAGCUAUACAACUUAUAUAAGCAUAACGCAGGUAUGUUUAGGCUUGCUGAUCAUGAGAGUUACGAACGCUAUUCCGAAUGACUAUAACGAAUUUCCCGUUAUUAACAAAAGUGAAAUAAACAAUCCUACAAGAAAACUAAUGCAAUCUUGACAGCUAAAUCCACAAGGCUAUACUUCAAACCAAAACAGGAACUCUGAUGUAGGUAAUAAUGAAGGUCAGCAAUGGUCCUAAAACGUACCCACUUAAAAACUGACAAUCAAACUUAAUUAAACCCCAAGCUUUAUGACACUUCUGUUGACAAACCCAUUAAAAAAGGUAAUAACACUCAAAAACCUGUUAAUGCAUAUACUGGUUAACCUUGAUUUUCAAACCCAAACAUAACAAAACGUAAAUCACGAGAAGAACAAAGAACAAACAGAACUGUCAUCAAAAAUCCUUAUGAUAAUGUCAAAAACAACCAUAAAACUACUUCAUAACAUGCCUCCCCUCUCAGAAAAAGCAUCAUCCUCGAUGCUCAGGAGAACUCAAAAUUGAGUAUUGUCUCAAAAAUCGCCAAACAUUUAUAAACUUGUGUUAUGAAAAAUAAAGUCGACCAUAAUUAACAAACGGGCGACCUUCAGGCUCAGGAAAUAAUCCACAAAUCGCCAUUAGCUAAUACCAUUAGCCAAUACCAUUAGCCCAGCGAGGUUUUAACUGAGAUCUUUGGCUGCAUCUUGAGCCGAAGCACAAUGUGUCACUAAAUAGUCAUAAGCACUCUGAGAGAACUCAGUGCCACAACCACAUUUAAACAUCACUUUAAGUUCUUCUGCAUGUUUUUUGAAACAAUCAAUGCAAAUCAGGUGGUCACAUGGCAGCACAGCCCAAUCAAAGAUUACAGAUGCCUUGGUCUUAAAGCACUUUAUAUAAAUCCAUUUGGCUAGUCGAUGAAUAACACGCCAAGCAUCCAUUUAACCUAGACAGUUAACAAAAACAACUAUAACAAAUCGAAAAAGGAAGUUCGAACGAGAACUCAGUCUUGCUCCAAAUUCCUUACACAAUCAUUAACUAAACAACGAAGGGAAGCAACAUUUGGUGCCAACAUUAAAUCUUCAAAAACAAAAAUUUCUUCAUAUUCGACGCAUAAAACAUAAGGUCUCGUACCAGACACAGAUAGCCUGACAACCUCAAAGGAAACAACACCUCUAGGAACUGGUUUUCCCUAAAUGACAGGCAAUAACCUGUCGGAAAAGUACAGCGAAAAAUUUCAGAAAGAAAACGCUCACUCACCAUAAAAUAAGAACAAAUUUGAAUAACCUCAACGACAUUCUCAACCCCCACAUCAAACUACGACCAGCACCAGAAAAGAAACCUAAAAGCAAGUCAGUAGACAAUCUAUCUGAAAGAGAGGGGGUAAUUGUCUUGGAAAACAAUUGUCAUUCUGAAAUUUGAAUGAUGCAAAACGCCCACUAACUGUAGUUAACCGAACAGAACCAACCUCAUCUAAGAACCUAGAAAAAUUAAUUAACUGUAAUACAAUUAUGUAAUACAUCGUCAAAGUGCUACAAUAUCCAGCAAAGUUCAGUUCCUUUUAUUGAGACAGUGUUCCAAAAUAGUUCUUAGCGUUCUGCUACUGCAACCUUUUCUUUGACUUCAGACAGAGUCCUUUGCUUCACAGGCUUCGCACAAUGAUGGCAGGUUUUAUGUCGACGGCUUGAAGGUUCAGGUUCAGGUAAUGGCUGAGGAGAAAGCUGGAGAGGGUUGUUGUGGGACCGAGGAACUGAAUACCUCAAUAUACAGUGACAAAGAACACAAAACACGAUGAAAUUGGUUGUAGACAGGCCAAGAGCGGUGAAAGCAACAUACUCGUCGUAGGAGGAGUCAAACGUUUCCUCAAUCUGGUCAAUAAGACUAUCUGCCUUUCGCCUUACAGCACUAAGCUGAUUAUCGUAGAGUUGAAAUUUUUCAUCCAGGUCAUUAAUCAACAUGCGAUUAACUUUAACAGGAGGCAGGAUUGCAAGAGACUCGUGAUGCAACUGCAAUGGAGUUAAGCCUUCUGAACUGGGGUCCCAUUGAACAUAAGUAAUCGUAGAGGUUGAAAACACAGGUAAUGAUGCCAAAAGAUGCUUGGGACAAGUGGCUAAGCUAGCCUUCAUUCCAACAAAGCCAAAUUUUUUAUGGAAAGUUGUACACUGCCAAGGUAGAAACAGACAACAAGCCACCGGUAUUUAACGUUAACGUUCCAGAAGUUGUGGACAGAAAAUAUCUGCCACCAAGAUGGAUCAGCGGAUGUAUGUGGUCACAGUUUGGAGCGGGUUGAUUAUUCCUCAGGAACGAAAGUUUCAGAUCUGAUUCCAAGCAAAACCUAA